CUGUUGCUGUGAAACCUUGAGCUAAUUGUCAGAUGUUGGAUUGAUUUGCAGAAUACACUCCAUAUGAUUACAAUAUUGACAAGAGAAAUGAAAAGAUGCAAACAAUAUGUAGGAAUUAUUUAUUUUUAUUUAGUCAUUUUCGCUGGUGAGUAGAGGGUCUUGCAUGUAGUACAGUUAGAUAUGAUUCUAUGUGCCUGUUUAAAGCAUUCUCUCAUAUAAUCUACAUCAGAAAUGUACAAUAUGUGCUGUUAUAAGUACUGCAUAUUUUAUUUCCCUGUAGGUAAAAUUGUACACCAGUCAAUGUUGGCAACUCAUAAAGAGCUUCCUUACAAAUGGGUAACAGGUAGCACAUAGAAUUCCAGUUAUGGCAGAUUCCUAAAAGUUUUGAUAACUGCAUCGUUGGUAAAAUUCUGUUGGGUACCCUUGAAAUAACGCCUUGUGUUCAUACCAUCAGUAAGCAUACAGUCUCAUGAUUCUUUAAGCACCCUGUGUAAAUUGGCCAAGUACGCUCAGGGGUGCUAGAACCCUUGGUUGGGAACCACAGCUUUACAGGAUGAUGUCACAUUAUAUCCCCUUCGUCUGCCCCUCCUGGAUGUCUACAAAAUCGGCAGUAUGAUCUGUUGUUGAUUCAUAUUGUUUCCUAUACAGAUACUGCUUGUUUUCCUUAGACAUGAAUGGGUAUGGCCCACUGGGUUACAUUUCUUUUCUCCCCCGGUUCCCCUGUUUAAAGCAUUCUCUCCUAUUAUCUACAUCAGAAAUGUACAAUAUGUGUUGUUAAAAGUACUGUAUAUUUUAUUUAAGUUAUUUCCCUGUGGGUAAAAUUGUACACCAUUCAAUGUUGGCAACUCAUAAAGAGCUUCCUUAAAAAUGGGUAACAGGUAGCACACGGAAUUUCAGUUAUGGCAGUGAUUCCUAAAAGUUUUGAUAACUGCAUCGUUCUUAAAAUUCUGCUUGUUGGGUACCCUUGAAAUACCAGCUUAUGUUCGUUUCAUCAGUAAGCAUACGGUCUCAUGAUUAUUUAAGCACCCUGUGUAAAUAGGCCAAGUACGCUCAGGGGUGCUAGAACCCUUGGUUGGGAACCACAGCUUUACGGGAUGAUGUCACAUCGUAUGGUAAAACCGGAUCCUUUGACUUUCAGGUUCAACCACUCACCUACAAUCAAGGCAGGGCCUAUUUUCUUUAAGUGACAUCACAUUUGUAAAUAGAAAGUAAAGAAGGGAAAUUGUCAGGAAACCGGGGCAGUUUAUGCUUAAAGUGGUUAAGGCAUUUUGUGUUUUAUAUUUAAAGGAGCAAAUAAUUGACUUCUAAGUCAUAUUGACUUCUAAGUCUGUGUACAUUUUCCAAGCUGCCAGUUGUUACAAACAAUAACGACUGAUUGCAGUACAAAGAUGAAUAACACCACUCGAAGGAGAUCAUCCUCCAGGAGACAGACCUUGGUUCCAUCCACACCAUCUGGAGAGCCCAAGACAACUCCUCCAUCGAAGGCUUUCGCCAGGAACCAGUCCACCCCCGUGGACCACCACCCUAGCCUGGGCAGUGAGGCGGAGGAGGGUGGGUACCUGGACAGUUAUGGAGAUCGAGGUAGCCCUGUAGAUGACUCUCAGACUGGAAUGUGUCCUGGUCAGGAGACUGAUGAGGACUCCAGCACCCCAACCACAGACCCCUCGUCCCUCUCUCGGCAGAGACCAAACCUCAAAGCCCAGGACCCAAUAUCAGGGGAUGAGUUGGUCCCUGUCUCUCAAGAGUUGGCCCACUGGAUCACGCUUCAGGCCAAGGAGCUCAAGCUCCGCCAGAGUGACCGACAGUGGGCUGUGGACCUGGUCAACCAUCUCCAGAACAGCCUGCUGGAGUUCCUAAAGAAGAGUGAUGAGCAUCCCUACUUCCAGUCAGUCACUGUGCUCAACAGUGGUUCAUACUACGAGAUGGUCAAGAUACACAACCCAAAUGAGUUUGACAUGAUGCUGAAGUUACAAUCUCCUUCCCGCCUCAAAUGGACUGAGCUGGACCAGUACCACGGCCUGUUCUACAAAGUGGCCCUCUGCCGGACCACGCGUUCCCACAUACGAUCUUUCCUUUUGGAAGAUGGACUUACAAUCUCAGCUAGCAAGAUCAUAAGUGAAAUGCACCGUCUGGUCCGCAAGUUCAUCAGCACUUACAAAGUGCCUGAUAGAAGGUGGUAUUGGAUUGUGAAUAGAAAGCGUCCCAACUCCCCUGCGGUGACACUUUCACUGUUGGGAGUAAAUAACGGGAAAGAGGAACUCAUUUCCGUGGAUGUGGUGCCUGCCCUGGAAGUGCCCUCUUCACAGAGCUGGCCCCAAUCCGCCCGUGAUGGCCUAGAUGUGGACAAUUGGCUGGGCAAGAAGACACGAUGCGCUCUCACCCACCAAACCUGCUUCUUUGUGCCCAAGCGGCCCCCAGGACGUAACCUUGGCGAGGCAGCUAAAGAGUGUUGGAGGAUAUCAUUCUCUCACAUUGAAAAGGAAAUUAUCAAAUACCAUGGGAACAAGAAGACCUGCUGUGAGAGCGGUGCGCCCAAGUGCUGCCGGAAGAAGAGCUUCAAGCUCCUUAAGUGUCUGAUUGAGGGACUGAAGCAACGCUACCCCAAGGAGCUGGACGCUCUAUGCUCCUACCAUGGGAAAACCGCAUUUCUACACACCCUCUCUAUCAGGGCCCAGGACACCCUGUGGUCACCUGAACAGCUGCCUGUCUGUUUCAUGUACCUCCUGGGAGCCCUCGAGGGCCACGCGAGGAGCGGCCAUCUCCCUCACUUCUUCAUCCCCAGCGCCAACCUAUUUGCGGCGCCAACGUUUCCACGCAAGACCCUGGUGUUCCUGACUAAUGCUCUGGAGGAGCAGAGGAGGCUGGGGCUACCUCUUCUGGUGCCUCCUUCUCCUGCCCCACCGUUGGCAGUACAGUCCCCCUCUAACUGCCAGCCCCGACCAGAUGCUGCUCAGCCCUGUGUUAGCCUGUUCUUCCAUAGCAAUGUGUACAUGUUCAAAAUCACAGCUUUGAUAGUGUUUUUAUGCCUUGUAGUAUGUUGCUUUUUGUUGAGGUAGAUCUCAACCUGGACUGGCUGAUGCUAGCUUCACUUAAACUAAAAGAUACAAUUAGGUCUGGAAAUAUUUGGACACCAACAGUAUUUUCAUGAUUUUGGGUUUGUAGACCACCAUAAUGGAUUUGAAAUGAAACAACUGAGAUGCUAUUGAAGUGCAGACUUUCAGCUUUAAUUCAAGGGGUUGA